AUGGAGUCCGCCAAGUCCCCCAACAUCCCUGUUGUGGACUUUGCCAGCUGGGAAACCGAGUCAAGUCGUCUGCGAAUCGCGCGAGAAAUUGUCGCCGCUUGCAAACAAGUGGGAUUUGUGUACAUAAUCAACCACUCAUUGCCAGAAUCGACGUUAGACGAGGCAUUCAACUGGUCAAAGCUAUUCUUCAAUUUACCCCAAGACGAGAAACUCAAAGCGCCCCACCCAGAGGGAUGGGAGGUUCACAGAGGGUACUCUUGGCCUGGACUGGAGAAGGUGUCGCAGGCGAUGAGCAUCGAUAAGGACGAUAAAAAGGCGGAUCAGCUGAGGGAAGUUCCAGACAUAAAAGUGAGACUCCGCUGUGUUUAUCCAUAG